AGCAACCAGCAGCAGCACCGUUGUACGGUACCGUUACAGUUGUUUUAUUUGCGCCUUCGCAUGGUAAGACGUCGAUCGCCUUUAAGCACGCACACAUAGUAAAGUAAAGGUGAUACUGAAAACAACAUGUUUUGAGUGUUACGUGGUGAAGUUUAGGCAGUUUGAGGGACGACACGUUAUCUAUUAUUAUAUUCUAAGGAAACCAAGUUCAAUAAGAUGGCCAGCAAACUACUACUUCUUCUAGUCAUAUUAAAUGUCGUCAGGUAUUCACUCCAGGAUGUAAAUAAUAACGAAGUGGACUCGGAAAUUGAAAGUCCGCUAAAAGAGGCGAGUGCGUCAAUAUUGAAAGAACAGACCAUGGAAAAUAUCGGGGGUAUGGUAAACAAUUUUCUACAGUCUGGUGGUGCUAAGCAACUCGUCGAUGGCGUGUUGGAGAAAGUUGCUACGUCCGGCAACGCUGGGAAAAUUCUGGAAGGCCUGGGGAAUUUUUUAAAUAAGGGCGAUAAUAUGGGAAAAUCCUCUAAAGGUAACUCCAAGGAACCGGGAGGUGACCUUCUCGCCGGUUUGCAAGCACUUGGAUCGUUGAUGGGGACUUUCCAAGGCGGAGGCGACAACAAUCCACUGAACGUGCUCCAAGGUCUUGGGUCUCUAAUGGGCGGGAACGAGAACAAUGGAGGAUUCGAUCCCGCGGCGCUGGGUCAACUCGUUAACAUGUUCGCCGACUCUUUACCUGAAAAGGUGGAAAAACCAACUCCAUCAAAGAAACAAAAACAAAAGGCCAAAACGGCGCGCGAAGAGCAGAACAGUUUCGAUUUGAACGACAUGUUAAGUUUGGCGAACUCUUAUCUUGGUCAGGGAAGCGAUGGGAAGAAGUUUAAUGUGAUGAGCUUUUUGCCGAUGCUAAUGCAAACGUUCAACUCUUUCGUCGGGCCUGACGCCCAACAACGUGCGGAAAGCCAUUCGGGACAUUCGUCGGUGUUGCCGCCAAUUCUGGAAAGAAUUCAUUUGUUCUUUGAUAAUUUUUUACACUCUGACAUGGCCAAGUAUAUACUUAGUUACAUCGGCGACGAAAAAUCGUUUAAGGUUUUCACUGACGAAACGGGUAGAUUUCGUUAUGCAAAGUUCACCGAGCUUAUCGAAAACCAUUCUUUCAGAAGGCAUUGGAUUCAAAUGCUCACUAGUCGAAUUGUUAGCAUGUUGCAAUACGUGACGGAUCCGAAGAAACACACAGAGUAUCUCACAACUGUUCAAGUAUUGUUCAACGGUUUCUUGAAGAACCAGGGUUUCCCCAAAAAAGCGCUUUUCGAUACAAAGAAGCCAGCGAAGUCCCUCACCGAGUUCGUGAAUCACGCUGCUAAAACUUAUUUGGAUGCUGAUGCCGGCGACGCCAGGGAAUAUGUAGAGCCCGCUGUCGAAUACGUACAGGAAAUAUUGAAAAUGGCUCAAAAGUCACUCGCGUCAAAGAGAGAACCAAAAGAGCUUUCAGAUAAGCUGGCAGACACUAUCAACAUGGAGAUUAUCGAACCUAUUAUAAGAGUAAAUCGUGCAUAUAGGUUUGUUAAGUCGCAGCCAAAAUGUGACAGGUAUAUAUUGUGUUUGAUAAAUCAAAACUCGCCGACCGAACAGGAAAGUCUGCCUGGUCUUAAAAAGGCGCUGUAUAAGGGGAGUAGCAUUUUAGCUGCGUGGUUUGUAGGAUCUCAUUCCGGUACUUCCUUCUGGGACUUAUACGCGGAUAUAACGGAGGACAAGAAUUGUCACCUCUACUAUUCUGACAGUUGCGAUGGAUUCCAUGCGGAAGAGGUGAAGGUAACGACUGAGUAUGUACAUAGUGAAUUGUGAAAGAGACGAUAACGAGAACAAUUUACUCGACACGUAUGCCUUCGCAAAAACGCCAGCACAUGUGGGGAGAGAGAAUUGUUUCCUAUAGAGGUUGUAGAGUUAUUUGAUAAGUUAUAAAUAAAUUAUUGUAUAAAUUGG